AUGCGGAGCGGUGCGGCGGAGCUUGCGGCUGGAAUAGAAUUAUCGCGAACUGAAGCGAUGGGUGCUGCCAGCACCUGUCUCGCUUCGAUCCUGACCACAACGCUGCACCGCACCGCUUCGGGCACAACCCGCCAACUGCACCGAGCUUCAGUUUGUUUUGACCCAGCUAUAGCCUGGAAUCAGAGGCCAGACGAAUACAACGAAUACAACUAUUCGAGCCCUGAACUGUGCACUGCAAAUGAGCGCCUACCUCGGAAGCAUCCUAUGCGAAACCCGAAAGCAGCACAGCAAAGCCCUGGAGAAGUGGGACUGACUAAGAACUGA